AUGGAUUGGCUCCCUCACCGAACUGCUGCUUUUCUCUUCUUUUUAUUGGUACUCUUGGAUUUCAGCACAGGAUUUCAUGUAGAGGUAAAAGAAUGGGAUGAAAAUGGAAUGGCAAGAUGGAAAACCUUCAGAAGACAAAAACGUGAAUGGAUCAAAUUUGCUGCAGCGUGUAGAGAAGGAGAAGAUAAUUCUAAGAGGAAUCCAAUUGCCAGAAUUCGAUCAGAUUGCGAAGAAAACAAUCCAAUCACAUACAGCAUCUCUGGAGUUGGAAUCGAUCGUGCCCCCUAUGGAAUAUUUGUCGUUAACCCAAGAACAGGAGAAAUUAAUAUAACAUCAAUAGUGGACAGGGAAGUAACCCCAGUAUUUGUUAUACGUUGCUUUGCUAAACACUCAGUGACGGGUGUAGAUUUGGAACCACCUCUUGAACUUCGAGUCAGAGUUCUGGAUAUAAAUGAUAACCCUCCCGUAUUUGCCCAAACUGUAUUUACAGGAUCUGUUGAAGAAAGCAGUAUGGACAACACACUGGUGAUGAAAAUAAUUGCAUCAGAUGCAGAUGAACCUAAUCACUUGAAUUCUAAAAUUGCCUUCAAGAUAGAGAGUCAGGAACCUUCAGGUCCACCCAUGUUCAUUAUGAAUAAAUAUACUGGAGAACUCCAUCUUGCAAAUUACCUUGACAGAGAGCAACACAGCAGCUACACUCUUGUGGUGAAGGCGUCAGACCGGGACGGAGCUGCAGAUGGAAUAUCAUCCCUUUGCAGCUGUAACAUUAAAGUUAUCGAUGUCAAUGACAACUUCCCAACUCUGGCUCAAAGCUCUUUUUCAGCAAGUAUUUCAGAAAAUUCACUCAGUUCAGAACUGCUACGAAUACAAGCUCUGGAUGCUGAUGAAGAGUUUACAGACAAUUGGUUAGCAGAGUUUUACUUUAUAUCCGGUAAUGAAGAUAACUGGUUUGAAAUUGUUACAGACCGAGCUACAAACCAAGGAAUCCUUAGAGUAAUUAAGGAACUGAAUUACGAACAUCUCCAGAGUCACUCACUGGUUAUCGGUGUCAGGAACGUAGCUGCCUUCCACCACUCUGUUGCACAAGACUUCCAAAUGUCUGGAACACCCAUCACAAUAGAAGUAAAAAAUCUGAUUGAACCACCACGUUUUCAACCAUCUUCACUUGUAAUUUCAGUAUCAGAAAGCACAAGAGCGAAUUAUGUCGUAGGAACAUACACAGCCAUUGAUGAGGACACUGGGGCUAUUGCAUCAAACGUCGUAUAUAGUAUAGGACGUGACCCGGGUGCCUGGUUCAGAAUCAACCAAAACACUGGUGAAAUCACACUGAACAAAGCCGUUGACUGGGAAUCUGUCUAUGUAAACAACGGGCAGUACAGAGCAGAGGUUCUGGCUAUCACCAGAGGGGUUCCUCGAUACACUGCCACUGGCACCAUUGUGCUUUCAAUACGAGACAUCAAUGACAACUGCCCAACUAUUAAUACUGAAUUAAGGAAAGUGUGUAUGCAUUCCCCGUCCGUGGUUAUCACAGCAAAGCAUUCGGCUGGUGAAACGUAUGGUCUCCCCUUUACGUUCAGCAUACAUGGUGAACCUCAAACUACAUGGAUUAUCAGAUCAUUCAAUG